AUGGAACGGCCGUCUACACCACCUCGGGCAACAAAGCCUGCAUCCACAAUCACUCCGCCGACCCCAGAAGUAACGAAGCGCAUUGAAGAGAACCGACUCCGCGCGAAGGCAAUCCGAGACCAGCGUGAAGCUGAACAACGAGCGACCGGCACCGCACCCGAAAUCCCCAAGAGCUCUGGAGGCUUUGUGCCAACAAAAGACGUUUACAUCUCUAAAACUGCCGACGGAAAGCGACCGUACAGCUCCAUCUCUACAGCAGAUGCUUCUAAUGGAACAAAUCGAGAUGGUCGUAACAAAGGCGACGAGGAGGCGUUGCGGCCGGCGCGCAAGUUCACAAAGUUCGUGGAUUACAACAUGAGCACCAUGACAGAUACGAAGGGUGGUUUCUUGUCGACGGAAGAUGAUCCGCAUAACUAUGCUCUGGGUGGCAAGAAGCCUGGACAGUCCGAGGAUGACCAGCGACCGAAGCACAUGAGCAUUCAGGAGUGGGAGAGAUUACAGUUGAUACGGAACUUGAAGAGGUUAAAGUCAGGCCCUUUUGAGCCCGGGUUGAGUGUGCUUGCGGACGACGAGACACGAAAGAAGUGUCAGGAUUGCAAGAGCUUGGAGAUUGACUUCGUCUGGGAAGAAGUCUUCCAUAUCUGUGUUUGCAACAAGUGCAAGGAGAAAUAUCCAGAAAAGUACUCGUUGUUAACCAAGACUGAGUGCAAGGAGGAUUAUCUGCUGACAGACCCCGAGCUACGAGAUCCAGAGUUAUUACCGCAUCUCUCAAAACCAAACCCUCACAAAUCACAUUGGCACGACAUGAUGCUCUUCCUUCGAUGUCAAGUAGAAGAAUAUGCGAUCAAGACGAAGUGGGGGUCAUCAGAAGCCUUAGAUGCAGAGUAUGAGCGACGAGAGACACAAAAGAAAGCUCGCAAGGAAGCCAAGUUCAAAGAGAAGUUACUUGAUUUAAAGAAAAAGACAAGAACGGACGCUUUCCGCAGACAGGCUGGCAAUUUGAGCAAGUCUGGUGCAAGCAAAUUUGGAGAUGCAAUAGGAGCACAACAGACAGAUGCACCCGACCUCAAAGUACCCGACCAAGACUGGCAAGCUUGGUUUCUUAGCAGCACACGACCCGACACUCAAUUUUUUGGCUUUCUAUCGACAGAAAGCAAGCCACGAUAUCACGAUUCGACGUCGAUUCAGAUAGUUCAGGACCGAUUCUUCACCGAGGCGACAACACGUGCCAAGGCUCGUUGUAUCUUUCGCGCAGGAGCUUCCAAGUUCCAACAUCUGGCCUCGUCACAUCUGAUCACAUCACACUCCAACAACCGCAACGAGCUUGUCCGACCUCGAAUCCGGCACUCGCUCGCCUCCAUCGCCAUCUCUCCCAAACCGACUCGAAGCUCCAUGCACCCGCCCAAUUGA